GGGAAGGCGGCCUCGGCGCCUCCCCGUUGAGCCCGUCCGGAGUCUCCGCGCCGGAGCAGCCGGCUGCCAUCGCGCAGGCCGAGCGCGCGUGUUGUCUGCGGGAGGAAGCGAGCGCCGUGCCGGAGGAUGCUGAGUCACUCGCAGGCUGGCAGCGCUGAUAGAAGGGGGCCCGAGCGGGGGUGAAUGGCUCGGACGGUCACGCUGACGCACAUCCACGCUGCGCCCAGCUCUCGCUCCGGGGCUGCCGUCUUCCUGUGUCGUCUCGUGUCCCAUCAGGUCAAGCGACAUCCUGAGCGCCCGCGGCGAUUCGGGGCGCGUUGGGCAACACCAGGCUGGCGCGGCGCCGAUACCAUCUCCCUGCCACCGCGCAGGAAGUCCCGUGGUCCAGCUUCCCAACGGGUCGCGGCUCCGUCACGCCACUGCUUGCAGACGAGGAGGGAACGCGUCCGCGGCUGCGCUGAGCACCAGAUCUCCUUGCUUGUUCUGGGCAAGCCGGGGACCCUCUUGGAUGCCUCAAAAGAAAUAGAAGCCAUUCCCAGUGCCCAUUCUGCAGCCCGGGAAUGGCAGGAUACGUAGCUCGGUGUGAGAGGAGGGUGUUCCCUGUUCGUACAGCAUGCUGGCUCCGAUAAAUGCUCCAUGCAGACAAAAGCCUGCCGGAAUCGCUCCAGCCACGGCAAUGAAUGGGCACACGUUCGCGGCCGGCCGUCCAGCGCAUCCCCGCGGCUGGCAUGAGUUCUGCGAGCUGCACGCCAUCAGCACGGCCCGGGAGCUCGCCCGGCAGUACUUGCGCUUCGCCCACGAGAACCCCCACCAUGAAUUGCUGGCGGCCGAGAGCUUCUCGGUGCAGUUCGCCCACCUCUUCCAGCAGUACUUCUGCAACGAGGUGAAGGAGGGCUUCGCCAUGAGCCAGUACCGGUUCCUGCCCUUCAGCCGGGUGCGCGACUACCGGGAGACGGGCCGGCGCCACACGGACAGCUCUCUGAGCACGGUGGCUGCCAAGGCAGAGGUGGAGCUGAGCGCCCGCCCCGACCAAGCUGACAGGACCCCUGACACUACGCCGACCGGCCUGCCCAAGGCCUGGAGCUCCGAGGAGCUGACGGGUCCCACCUCCCCGCUGACUGCCCGCCGGCAUUUCUCCUUCACCCACCUGCGCAGGAGCUGGCGCAACCUCUUCCGCCGGAGAUCCUCAGAGGCCGUCUCUGGCGAGGGCGGGGAAGGGGAGGCCUCUGAACCCGUGCUUAAACCUGGCCUGAGCAGGAGGAUUCUGCCUUGGUCGCGGGAGCAAGCCCCCGAGGCACGCAAAGAGGGGCUCUUGAGGUACGGGCUGGUGGAUGAGACCUCCAUGGACAGCGGGACGCGGUGGCAGCGGUGCCGGCUGGUUCUGCGCAAGGCGGGGGCAGCCGACGGCGAGGACCACGUCCUGGAGCUCUUUGAUCCCCCCAAGAGCUCCAGACCAAAGCUGCGCACGACCUGUUCUGCCAUCCAGGAGGUCCGCCGGUGCACCCGCCUGGAGAUGCCUGACAACUUCAACACCUUUGUCCUUAAGGUGAGCAAUGCCACGGACGUGAUCUUUGAGGCCGGCGACGAGCAGCAGCUGGUUUCCUGGACAGCAGAAAUCAAAGACUGCCUGAGCCGAGGGUCAGACGCAGCUGAUGUAGAGCCGCUCCCGGGCCAGCACCCCGAUGCCCUGGCGUCCAGCCCCGCGACCAGCAGCACCGACUCCCUUAACCAAGGGGCCGUGCCCUGUGCGCCCCCCGAGCCGCCCUGCCAGAAAACCGACCAUUUCCUGUCGUCCUACCCCUGGUUCCACGGGCCCAUCUCUCGCGUCAAGGCUGCCCACCUCGUUCAGCUGCAGGGGCCGGAAGGCCACGGGGUUUUCCUCGUUCGACAGAGCGAAACCCGCAGGGGGGAAUACGUCCUCACCUUCAACUUUCAGGGAAGAGCGAAGCACCUGCGCCUCUCAUUGACUGAGCGAGGACAGUGCCGCGUGCAGCACCUCCACUUCACCUCCAUCGGGGACAUGCUUGCCCACUUCCAGCGCUAUCCCAUCCCCCUGGAGUCCGGCGCUGCCUGCAACGUCAAGCUCUCCAGCUACGUCCCUUUCUCCCAAGCCCCAGCCUCUGCCAGCACCAUCCUGCUCCCCUUCUCCAUCCCCAGCUGGAGCACCGACCUCAGCCUGCCUCACAUCAGCUCCUCCAGCUGCCCGCGGCUGCACGUGACCGACCACCUCCACCCCAGCUCUCAGCCCGAGCAGAUCUUCCACCUGGUGCCCCCUCCAGAAGAGCUGGCGCAGAGCCUGCGCCUCAGCGAGGCAGCCCCCGUGCCCGUCGGCCUGCCCCGGACCUCUGACUACGAGCUGGACUCCCCAGGCCGGGGGCACACGCGAGCCAUCGACAACCAGUACACGCCGCUCUGAGGGGGUGGCCGGGCGGAGGCGUUUUGCAAAAGAAAGUAUUUGAAACCUUGUGCCAAAAUGUUUGGGGAAUUGUACAGGAGAGCGAAGAACUGGUGUUCUUUUCCUUCUGGUUCAGGAUGGUUGCAAGGAGAGGGACUGGGCUUAGGCCUGUUCAAGGGCCCUGUUUAGACCAGCUCUCCCUCCUUACUGUUUACAGACACUGCAGCGCGAGGCUCACGGCCCCGAUCCGUUAUCAGUACCGAGUAUUUCAGUCACUUGCAGUCUCCUGGCCAGUUUUGACGUGGCCAAGUUCAGGAAAGCCCGAGUUACACCCACAGGGUUGAAAGUGCUUAGACAAAUUGCUGAUUUGGGCCAGGCAGAGGCAGGGCAGAGGCACUUCCUGCUGCUCAAGGCAUGUGCUGCAGUUGCAUAACAUCACCCGGUUCCCUCUCUCCUCCUGGGCCAGGCACAGACCCCAUUAGCAAAGGGUUUGCUCUGCAGUUCUGGAGGUGGAGAAAACGGGCUGACAGCUUGUUAACACAUUAACAAACGAGUAGCUGCAGUCGCUCGCUGCUACAACUGUGGCAGAAGAAAUCGUUCCAGCCAUUCAUUAAUGAAAAAGGUGAACACUAACUUCCCCCUAUUGUUCCUAGAAAAAUAAUGUAACUGAUGGGUGGAGCAUGGAGACUGACAUCUCUUCGUAGUCAAGCUCCACUCCAAGACCGGGAGCAAUUUAAGCACAAAGCUAGUCAAGUAGAUUUUCCAGACGUUUUACCUCAAGCUGUUUCUUAAAGCACAGAUUUGCUGGCCGCCCUGCUCGCUUGCUCCCCAGCUUAGCCUGCUUGAACAGCCGCCUGAGGCCUUUCCAGCUCUGCAGACGGUGCUCCGUUACUGGUUUCUCCCAGACGGAUGCCACCACUCGUCCCCGCCUGUAGAUCUUGCACUACCGAGCGCUAACAGAAGCUCACAUUUUUGUGCCUUACUUGGACUAAGAUUAGGGUUUGGCAUUUCUACACUUAGUCAGACACCUGUGAUUGUACCCACCCGUUUGCCUUUAUACUGCUUUGGACACUGGAUGGAGGCACAGCUACAUGUACUUGCUUAAGGUUUAUAAGCAAUAAAAAUCGCCACUCCCACAAGGCUGGAAGGCUCUGCAACAAGCACAGCCAACCUGUUCCCGUUCACGGUCAGGCCAACGCCUCCCGCUGCGAGGCGGCGUGACAGCAGGUCUCAUGGAAAAGGAGCAGUAGAAAUUAGCUGACUUGAAAUGUGAACCGGGAGCAAGAGCGGAGGAGAGCUGGCGCACAGCUACACAGUGCUCCGGUUAGUGGUUUCUAGGUGGUGCGCUCGCGCUAAACGCACAGCCCCCACGCCAAAACGGUGCCAAUCAGGGUGCUAAGAGCAGGCCCAUUUAGAUCAGUGAUUUUCCACCAUCUCUGCAACAGUUUAGGAUUGAUUGCCAGGCAAAGCCCACCCCGGGAAAGCAGAUAUAGCAGGAGCCUGAAGCCACUACUGCAAACCUCCAAGCUUCUCUCCACUGUGCUGGUUUUGUUCAAGCAAAACAAAAGGCAUUUGCUUGCCCCACUCAAUGCCCCCCAAGUGCCAGGAAGGACGGGCAGUGGAUGCAGGGAGCUGCUGCCCAGUGAUAGGACAGCCCUGACAGGAGCCUGCAGAGCUGCAGCAAACCCAAGUCAGCAUCACAGGGACCAGUUCUCCGUUUCCCCAGCCAGGCCGAAGUGCACCCUGUCCUUCACAUCAUGCUCCAGACCACAUUCACACCAAGGAGCAGUUCGGGAGAGCGUGCGAGCCUUCAGGAGCAUUUCACUACAUCGGAAGUUGGCAGCGAUUCCUGGGCUGAGGUUACACCUCGGUACUUCAGAAAAUCCAGCCCGUCCACACGGCUGGAAUCGAGUCCUUGCAGCGGAGCAAAACCCGACACGCCCAGGCUCUUUCCAAGUCGAGCAUUAAAGCUUUGUUUGCUUUACCAGGGGCAAGCUGCCCCGAACAGGCCAUGGCAAAGGGACUAGCUUGACCCCAACGGAAAGGGAGUAAGAGUUCAAAGGGAUGCUGUCAACCUGGAAAAUCCCUGCAGUGUUUGAAGGCCAUGCACACAGGAACUCCACCCACCUUCCGCUGCCAGAUGCUCCCCACCACCACUGCCCUCGCUUGCUCAGCAUGGCAUCUGAAGAGGUUCAAGCCCGAAGCAUCCAGCCUGGAGACCAAACGAAGCCUGGCGGCCCAGCAAGUGAAGCUGUUGGUGCAGUGAGCACCCCUCGCCCACCUGCCAAGGUGCAGAGUCCACUUCAGGAAUUCAUCUGUCAGCCAGAGAGCGUGAUCAUAAAUUAAAAAAAAAAAAAAAAA